AUGAAUCGUCAAGUGGUACAGCGAUCGCCGCAGAAGAAUCGCCGAACUCCGCUUUUAACAAAAAGACCGCCGCUUCGGGCGCCGAUUACUCGAGAGAAGCGGCGAAUCGGCGAGUUAGCGGGAGGUACGGCGGCUGAGUGUGCGGCGGUUUGUUGCUGUUUUCCAUGUGCGUUGAUGAACCUUCUGGUUCUUGCCGUUUACAAGGUUCCCGCUGGACUUUGUCGUAAGGCUUGGGCAAAGAGAAAGAAACGACAGCGUUUAGCGAAGAUGGGCCUGUUACCGCAGAGGCCCAGUGGGCCUAGUGGGCUAACGCGCGAUGAGCUUGAAGCGGAGAUAAAGAGAGUGAAAGAGGCGUCGUUGGAGCAAGAUAAGAUCAACGGUGGAGGAAGUAAUCAAGGAGCAACAUCGACCGUUGAUCUUCUUGAGGAGGAAAUGUGGGAGCGAUUCUACGGUGCAGGUUUCUGGAGAAGUCCUUCACAGAGAGAAAAUGAAUUAUAACGUCGUCGUUUCGAAUAAUUUUUGUUUUUGUUUUCAGUUAAUAUGUUGUCGUAAUGUAAAUAUGCCUUUUGAGAGAAAGAAUGUCGUUUAGGUUGAUGGCUCACGGAGAGAACCGUGUGCCUUCCCGCAGGUAAUUUUAACGCGGUAGAAAAAAGAAUUACAGUGUAUAUGUUGUGGAAAAAAGAUAUAUUUGGGUGUAGAUUUUGACAAAGAAACAAAAGUGGGAAUUAUGUUGAAGAUUGGGUGUUAUAAUUAGUGGUUUCUCAUUGUACAAAUUUGUAUGUAUGUCCACUUAGAGUGAUAACAACUUGGCUGGUGUUGGAUAAUUUCUAAUUCCAUUUUCUUAA